AUGGUGAUGUGGGUCUUUGGCUAUGGCUCUCUUGUGUGGAACCCUGGAUUUCACUACGACGAGAAAGUAUUAGGUUUCAUCAAGGGAUAUAAACGUGUCUUUGAUCUUGCUUGCAUUGAUCAUAGAGGUACACCAGAACAUCCUGCUAGAACUUGCACACUCGAGAAAGCUGAAGAUGCCAUAUGCUGGGGUACUGCAUUCUGUGUCCGUGGAGGACCAGAAACAGAACGUUUGGCCAUGGAGUACUUGGAACGUAGAGAGUGUGAAUAUGAUCUCAAGACAUCCGUAGACUUUUACAAGGAAGAUGAUCCCCUGAAGCCAGCUGUGACUGGAGUGUUAGUGUUUACUUCUACUCCAGACAAGGUCUCCAACAAGUAUUACCUUGGACCUGCGCCAUUAGAAGACAUGGCAAGGCAAAUUGCGACAGCCAAUGGACCAUGUGGUAACAACAGAGAUUAUCUCUUUUUGCUAGAGAAGGCAAUGCAUGACAUCGGGCAUGAGGAGGAUUAUGUUAUAGAGCUGGCGAACGAGGUGAGGAAAGUUCUCGCUGAGUCCUCGAUGAAAAAGGCGUCGCUGGUGAAGGAAACAAGAACAAGCCGUGUAGCUAACAAAUCGAAGAACAAUGUACCCACCGCUCAUCAGAUACUUCCUCAUCAUCCAGAAGCUGUUGCCACUACGAUAUAG